CACCUACACACUGACCUGGAUUACCUACGCGUGGAACUGUAAAUAUUAAGAAAAGUUUACCUGAAGUUAACGGGCGCGCAGCAGCCGCUUGUGGUCCGUUCCAACCAUGUCCAGUGGCGAGGAAGACUUCGACAGCCUGCUGGCGACACUGUCACCAGAGGAGGUUGAGGAGCUGGAGAAAGAGCUAAUCGUUAUUGACCCGGACCCCAACGUGCCCGUGGGUCUGCGGCAGCGGAACCAGACGGACAAGCAUCCCGAGAGGGGCUACAACAGAGAGGCGAUGCUGGACUAUUGCGUACGGGAGACCAAGAAGCUCCUGCGCAGGGAACGCUCAGUGGAGGGGGAGGUGAAGAGUGAGCGCAAGGCGGAGCGACUGCGUCGGAUGGGGCGGAGCCGGGGGCGGAGCCUCUCACAUAGCAGCAGUGUGGAGGAGGCGGAGCCAGAGGGGGGCGGUCAGGAAGAGGCCAGCGCAGAGAAUCGAGCUGACGAGAGAGAGCGCCCCCUGGUGGCAAAUAGCAGCAGCGCCACCUCCCCUAAGAGACUGAGGAGGACGGAGAGCAGAGAGGGGAUAACGGAGGUGCGGACUGAUGGGGGGAGCAGGAGGGGAGAGGAGGAGAGGAAGGGAGCGAGGGAACACAGAGAGGAGUUCAAGAGAGGAAGAGAGGACUCGCGAUCAAAGGGUCUGACCUCCAGACUAGAGGGAGACACAGAGAAAGAGGAGGAGGACGACGAGGACGUUAAGAAAGAGAGGGAGAGAGAGAGAGCAAGAUCAGAGGAGAAGUCAGGCAGACUGGGUAGAGAGAAGAGCAGAGAGGAGAAGAAAGAGGUGGCUAGAGACAAGACGAGAGAGGAGAAGAGAGAGAUAUCAGACGAGCGCUCACACAGACGGAUCAGAGAGAAGAGCAGACAGGACAGUCAGGAGGUGGACAAUCAGAGUAAGAGCUGCCCACCCAGCAGAGAGCCUGAGCAGGAGGAGGAAGAAGGGGAGGAGGAAGAGGAGGAGGAAGAAGAGGAGGAGGAAGAGGAUGAGGAAGAAGACAAGGAAGAGGAGGAGAGUGACGAGGCCUCCAGCAUGUUCGAUGGCCUCCUGGAGAGAGUGCGAAGCAACGACCCCGAGCUGACCGAGCUCAACGUCAACAACUCGGACGCCAUCCGCUCAGACACCCUCCUGCAGAUGGCCGAGGCCCUGCGCCGGAACACUCACGUGCGCUCCUUCAGCCUGGCCAACACGCGCGCCAAUGACCACGUGGCUCUGGCCGUUGCACACACGCUCCGCUCCAACGCUACGCUGGCCAGCCUCAACCUGGACUCCAAUCAGCUGACCGGCCGUGGCAUGCUGGCCCUGGUGGAGGCGCUGACGGAGAACGCGUCGCUGACCGAGCUGCGCUUCCACAACCAGCGGCACAUCUGCGGCGGCAAGACGGAGAUGGAGAUGGCGCGGCUGCUGAGGGACAACGCCACGCUGCUCAAGCUGGGCUACCACUUUGAGCUGGCCGGCCCGCGCAUGACCAUGACCCACAUCCUCAGCCGCAACAUGGACCGCCAGCGGCAGCGCCGCCUGGAGCAGAGGCAGAGCCAGGCUCGCAGCCAGAACCAGCCGGGCCCGGAGAACUCGCCGCAGAACCAGAAGACCCAGCAGAACCUGCAGAAGCAGCAGCAGAACGUGCCAAAGCAGCAGAACCUGCAGCAGAAGCAGCAGAACGUGCCGAAGCAGCAGAACCUGCAGCAGAAGCAGAAGAACGUGCCGAAGCAUCCCUCCCAGACGGGCCUGGCGGCCAGGGGGUUCCCGCCAGCCCAGCAGAACUCAGUGACGCAGAAAAACGAUCAGCAAACUCUGCCACCGGGUCAGAACCUGAGCCGGGCCCAGAGGCCACCGGCGUCCGGUAAGGCGUCCGGUGCCAUGGACACCUUUAGGCAGAAGUUCUCCCAUCAGCCCAAUCACGUGGACAAGCCGGACCCUCCGCCGGCCGGUUCCCUCCGCUCGCCCUCCGCCAAGCCCCCGCCCGCCCCCACCCCCCCGGGUAAGGAUGGAGCACGGAGGGGGGGGGGUGCGCCCCCCGCCCCCCCUCCCCCUGCACCGGCGCUGGAUGUGCAGGCGCUGAGGCGCUCCCUCACACCGGUGUCCCAGAGGAGAACCGAGAACCGGACCGGAGAACCAAGAACCGAGAGGAACUCCAGAGACCAGCUGCUGGCAUCCAUACGCAACAACGGCAACAUGAAAACCCUCAAGAAGGUGGAGGUGCCCAAGUUGCUGAGGUAACAGCAGAGAAGGCACUCAGGGGUGGACCAGCCCAGCGGGGCAGAAAGGACCCCUGGCAACAACCCUCAUCUACCCCUGUGGACUCACUGAUGCCCCAGAGACUGUGAAGUGAUGUGAUGUGAAUGUGAAUGACCCCUAUGAGUGAAUGAAUACUGUAGAAUUCUCUAAAUGACUAGACUGUUCUGGAAUGACUGUGACUGUUCUAGGCUCUCCCUGGAGGAAGGGAGGGGGCUUUUCUAAUCUCCACGAGGCCCACUCCCUUCCUCCAGUCUGGUGAGGUGUGCUGAGGUGAAGACCAGUGUGUUGUGAAGGAUGCGAACCCACAGGUUGGGCUCAUAUCGGAACCGCUCUGGCCCAGAACGACACCAGAACUGGCCCGGCUCCACUUCAGAGACACACUCUGCCGGCACAGUAGUCUCAUGGGCCAUCAUGUAUUCACAUUCUCCUGAUAACCAAAUCUUUCCUGAUUUAAAAAAAAAAAAAAAAAAAAACUUAAUUCUAUUUUAAUGGGUGGCUGGAACAAGUUAGAACUGCACAAGUCUUAAUUUGGGAGUUUCUCAGAUUUUAAGGGGAUUUGAAGUCAGACCUGGCAACGCUGAUGGAAUGUUAGAUAUAUCAGGUGACAAAUUAUAGGCCAGAACUUCCCUGAGCAGCCUGAGUGCGUGAAGAGGAGGGCAGCAGUAGAACUGGGCAAAUACCCCUCAGCAGGGCAGUAGAAUUGGCUGAAGAAGAACCCUCAGCAGGGCAGUACAACUGGGUGAAGACCCCUCAGCAGAACUGGGGGAAUAGAGCUCAACAGUCUCGCCCCACUCCGAUUCCGGAAGUAAGAUUCUAGUUAGAUUCAAUUGUUUUCCAUUGAGAACUAGAUUAUAAGACAUAAAAUCGUAACCAUCCACGGUAGACUCAAAACCAGUUAUGUCACGAUUAUGCGAUUGUAUAUGCUCUUAUAGACGCCAAAAGUACUACACUACCCAAAAUCCUAACAUUUAAAAGCUGAUAAAAUAAGAGCCUAUAAUAUGUAGAGAUCGCCGUUGCCAUGAAAAUGUUUGUGCCUUAAGUCCCACCACUGCAAGUUUGUUUACUCGCUCGAAAUGCUCGAACCAAGAUGGAGGAAGAGGCAGUCAGAAGCGAUGCGUGGGCAUCCGAUGAAAACAGUUUUUCUCACCUUUGAAAGUUGAAUUUACUCAAUGUAAAUGGUAGGAAGUUAGUCAUCUUGUUGUCUUACAUUCAAAAGGUGUUAAACUAUUAUUAUCUGGAAAAUAUUCAAAAUGUAACAUUUUUGCAAUGACUGAUGGGAUGAGUAGUCUAUGCUCAGAAAUUAAAAUAUGUACACAGUCUUGUACCUUAGCCUUCUUUCCAUUUUUCUGUUUGUUUUUCUGCUUGAAAUGAUAUGUGUUAUGAUUGUGAGUGACGUCGUAGCUGGUCAGCCUAAGGCACGGUCUAAAACGUAUACGGAUUUGUCCAGACGUCGAUUGGAGAAAUAAAUGGGAAACUUACUUCCUGAAACGGCGCUCUCUCGGAGCAGGGGCGGGACUGUUGAGCUCUACUCCCCUCAGACUGAAGGUCCCUCUCUUUUCUCCUGGAGUGUGUGUGUGAAAUGUCCUGAGAGAUGGGGAGUGUGUGUGGGGGAGUCAUUUAUUCAUGGAAAUGUUUCAUGAUAAUUUUUUUAUUGAGCUUUGCUAUGUUACAGUCUUAGAAAGUAGUUGGAUUCACACAUGUAUUGGUUGGGUGUGGUGAGAUCUCACUGAGUUACACUGCGCAAAAGUUUUUUUUUUUUUUAUUUGUAUUAGUUUAUUCAUUCAAAUUGUUUGUGCAACCAGUGUGUGUCUGUUUUCUCACGAGAUAACCCACUCACUAGUGAAAGAAUGAUGAGAGUGAACAGAUUGGGAGCAUGUUUCCUUUUCCAGCGUUUGUUUGUGAUGAGUUUGCAUUUGGAUUAAACAUGUGACACACUG